ACAGCAGCAAUCAUGAGGGCAUUCAUGAUCCUGACGAUCGCCGCCGUGGCGAUGGCACGGCCAGAAGCCGGCUACUCGUACAGUCAACCAAGCGGAAGUUAUGGUGCCCCUAGCGGUGGGGGUGGUGGCGGUGGUUUCGGAGGAGGAUUAGGAGGAUUGGGUGGAUUAGGAGGAUUAGGAGGAGGCGGUCUUGGAGGCGGACUAGGAGGAGGACUAGGAGGUGGUUUCGGAGGUGGUUUGGGAGGUGGAUUCGGUGGCGGAUCUGGAUUUGGUGGUGGUGGUGGCGGCGGCGGCGGCGGUGGUGGCUUCGGUGGAGGUUCCCUCAUCCAGAAGCACAUCUACGUUCACGUACCACCACCUGAGGCGCCCGAGGAUAGACCAGCGAGGCCAAUAGCACCACCCCCGCCACCUCAGAAACAUUACAAGAUUAUCUUCAUUAAGGCACCAACUCCACCUACGCCAACUGCACCGGUCAUCCCAGCAUUACCACAACAAGAUGAACAGAAGACACUUAUCUACGUCCUUGUCAAGAAACCAGAGGAGGCACCAGAAAUCAGUCUACCUACUAUUGCUCCUACGCAACCAAGCAAACCGGAAGUUUACUUCAUCAAGUACAAAACUCAGAAGGAAGUUACAUCUGGAGGUGGUGGUGGUGGUGGUGGAGGUGGAAUCGGUGGUGGUAUCGGUGGUGGCAUCGGUGGCGGCAUCGGUGGUGGUAUUGGUGGUGGUAUCGGAGGUGGCAUCGGUGACGGACACGGCGGAUCAGGAGGUGGUGGAAUCGGGGGAGGUAUCGUUGGUACCGGACCAAGCGGACCAAGCUCGAAUUACGGACCACCUGGAGGAUCCGGCCCAUACUAGUCACAAGACAGCCGAACCGGCCCUUACUCUCUUCUCCGUUCACCAAAUCACUUUUACACCCACCACGCUUAGUUCUUAUUACAAGCGUAAUACGACGAGCGCCGAUCCUCAUCACGACGACGAUACGAUAAUAUUAAUGUUCUUAGAUGCGC